AUGACGGCGGAUUGUCAGAGCGGCACUCCAGAGUACCACGUUGCCAACCGCCGGAUGCGGAAGUGUCCAGACGGCCGAGUGUUCGGUGUUGGUGUUACCAGGUGGAUAUUUCCCGUGUCGCGGACACUGUCAGGAUAUCAAGAGGUCAACGGAUCGCAAGUGGGCCUCAGAAAUUCAUGGGAGGUUCGACAAAUCGCUCGGGAUGAUCAAGGGGUUGUUUGCGACGAUGCAAAGGAGUAA